AUGAACGUCAUGGAAGCCAUAUGUAGUCUAAAGCCUAACAGAAUUUCAAGGAAAGCACUCUAUGACGUGGAGGAAAAUGGAUGGAAAUUUCCCACGCCCGAGGAUCAACUCUUGAUAUUGGAUCUUGUUAUCGUCGCAUAUCUUCCCAACGAACAAGACAUUAUCAUGGAUAGGAUUCAUUACGCCUUAGAUCAUAUCGUAUACCCACAUGAUAGAAUUCGAAUCAACGUAUUGUACAACACGCCCAAAGCCAUCGAGCCCGUCGAAUCUGAAAUGAACGAGCUCGCAGCGAAAAUCGACCGAUUGAGAAUAAUCAAAGUACCAGACUCGACUUCCAAAGCACACAAUCUUAAUUACUUCUUUACCCUAUAUACCGGAGCACAAAUCAUCGCCUUGUAUGAUUGUGAUCAUUAUUCCCAUCCUUAUGGGCCACGAUGGGCAGUCGAACGGUUCCUAGCCGAUGAAGAAGUCGAUUGCGUUCAAGGACGAUGUGUCAUUCAAAAUUCCAAGGCCACAUUCUUGACUGGUACGAUCGCGGUAGAAUUCGACAAGAUCUAUGGUACAUCACAUCCUGGCCGAGCUGCAUUAUUCGGUUAUGGUCUUUUUACCGGAUCCAACGGCUACUGGCGCGCCAAUCUCCCCCGCGAUCUAAAAAUGGACGCAACCAUGUUAACAGAAGAUAUUGACUCCGCGCUGCGCGCCCUCGAACAAGGCUCCAUCUGCAUCCACGAACCGAACGUGAUAUCCUACGAACUCGCACCCACAACCUUCCACUCAUUUCUCAAACAGCGACUCCGCUGGGUCCAAGGCUGGACACAAGCAAGUUAUCGGCACUGCAUGCUCGCCUACAAAAAAUCACCCCACAACAAGAAACGCAAUCUUCUCACUCGCUUUGGUCUCCUCUCUUUACUAUUAAUUCGUGAAUUAAGCUAUUAUCUCGUCUCACAAUACACAUGUCUCAUGCUCAGUUUCCUCAUCACUGGAUUUCUCAAAACAGGAACUCAGUUGAAAAAUUUGAUUUUUUUUGAAUUUCCCGCUUCGGAAUGGUUGUUUAUUAUUGGAACACUCUGCCUAAUAGGCAGUCUCGCAAUAACCUACUUCGUCCUCUCAGAACUCAUAACUAAACGUAUGAUGGUUAAAUUUACGCUUCUGUAUCCUUUUUAUUUAAUUCUGGGGAGUUGUAUUGGGUUGUAUGGACAUUUUCGACAGAUUGUGCGGUAUUCGGCUUGGAAUGCUACGGUGAGGUCUUGA